GGCUCCCCACUGAGCAGGGAGCCCCAAUGCGGGGCUGGAUCCCAGGACCCUGGGAUCAUGAGCUGAGCUGAAAGCAGAAGCCUAAUGAUUGAGCCACCCAGGUGCCCCCUAAAUUGUUACUUUUUACAGAUAUUUUGGUUUUACUGAAAUUCACUUAUUUUCUCAACUGCCAUGAUUAUAUACAAAGUAAAAAUUUUCACUGUCUGUAUUUAUUUUCUGGCCAUUAUUGUUUUAUGAUUAUUACUUAAAAUGAUGAGCCACUCUACAUAUCCAAUACUCUAACCCCAGAUAAAAAUAGUAUGUCCCUUUCCUUUUUCGUUUGGUCUUAUUUGUGGUAUAAAUGGCAUUCAUUCAUUCAAAUAAUGAUGUAACUUCUGAUACUACAUGAUGUCACUAGUGACAUUACGUUGACAAAACAAGUCUCUGCCUUUAUGCAGUCAAAUGCUCUACCACUGAGCUAUACCCCCAGUCUCUGCCUUUAUGAAGCUUGCAUUCUGGUGGCAUAUAAACAGAAGGGGCUUUCAAAAAUAAACUUUUUAGCCCUAACACAGUGCCACUGCCAGGUAGAGGCUAGUACUUCCAGCUACUUCUGUUUUUCAUUAUAUUACUCCUUCCACUGAAAAAGAAAUCCAAGCCCAGCAGAUCAAGCUCCCAUCUACUUGGAAAAACUGGAAUCUGCUCUGAGAAAACUAUUAUGUUGGAAUGCAACAAAAUACCUCUAUUUGCCACAUAUAAAAAAAUUCCUCCCUCAAAGAAUAUAAGUACUAUGGUACUGUAACUGAGAUUCCAAACAAUUGUGUGAGGUAGCCAGGGAGAUAGCAUAAUUAGGGGGUAAGAGGAUGAGUUGCAGACUUAUGAUUUAAUCUCAGUUCUGUGACCCUCAAAAAACAACUUAAACUCUUUCUGAGUUUCCUCAUACGUAAAAUAUUAAUACUUAAAAUUAUUUCAUAUGAUUGCUGUGAGGAUUAAAAAUAUAUUUAAAGUAUUUAGUACAGUGUCUGCCAUAACAAACAAUAAAUGGUGACUAUUUUUUAUUAGCGAUAUUAUUCUUCGUCUGAUUUUAUAGAUAAGGAAAAUGAAGUUUAGGAAAGUUGAGGCCUAAGGAUUCACAGCUAUAAAACAGGCAACACUCUGAACCCUAAUCUUCUCCAAAAUCCUUCUUUCAGUUUUAUGACAGUGCGCAUUAAGGCAGACGGAAAGUAAAUUGGAUCAUUGUCAGAAUAUUACUAACUCUAGCAAGUUUAUUUCAGCUGAAGCUUAUAAGGUUAUCACUUAACCUAUGUACCAUUAUCAAAUAUUCUUAUAUUAUGAAAUAAGUAUGUUAUCAUAUGCUGUUAAUGAGCAUCUUCAUUAAAAAAUAACAAGCGCUAUUUCCUGCUUUUCCUCCCCUUGGUUCAUUUAUUUUAAGCUUCGCCUUACUUUAAGUCUAACUUGAUCUCUAACCAUUUGCUACAAGAAGGUUUCCUAAAGUCUUCCACAAACAUUUUGUUAUUUACCCUGAAACAGAGUACAGAGAGCAAGGUCGGCAUUACACUUGGUUUACACAUGAGAUAACAAACCUAGCAAGGUUAAAUGCCUAGAUCCAGGCCACAAAAGUAGUUAGUCCGAUUCUAAACCGUAUGCUAAGAUUAUUAUCGUCUAGGCUUCUUAAAGUUAAGAAAGGGUAGGUGAGAAGUUCCUGGUCAUCACACUCAAGGGAAGUAAUACUUAAAUAUGAAAAGUUAUCACCUUACACAGUUGAAAAGGCGGCAAGGCACGGGAACUCUGGUUAACACUGUCAUUUUUAAGUAACGUGGACUGGUCCUGAAGAGAUGUAUAAAGAUAGGGCUCAUUCAAAAGAAGGGUUUCAUAGCAAACCCGAGCCCAGUAAAACGCCGCACUGCCUGCAGAUGCCACACAAAACACGGGCCUCCCACGUGUCUUUCAGGAAAUGCACAGAACACGAGGGAUUAGGGAGGCCAAGGAGGGGCUGGGAGAGGUAGGAACAGCAUGUUGGGCUUUCCCGGGUGACUGAGGACGCGCGAGGGCUGGGGCGGGAUGAAGGGAACUCGCGGAGCACCUGGCGGGCACCGACGGCUGAGAACAAGUCUGGAAGCAGCAUGGGGGAGGCUUUCAUCGUGGGAGCGCGCUUCCCGCGGGCCCCACCCUGUGGAGCUCCCCAGCGGAUUUGCUCCUCCGGUUCCAGUGGGGGUGGAGGAGGUGAGCGCGCGGAAAAGAAAUGCAGAAAGUACGCGAGCCGCUAGUGUAGGGACAGGUGGGCGCGGGUCAAAGUCCGAGUUUUGCGAGUCUAGGGCCUGGCCGCAGCCGCGAGGCCUCCGAGCCGCCGUAGCCCCGCCCCUCGCGCGUGGCGCCCAUGACGCUAGGCGCGCGGGCCGCGCUCCUUACAGAGGUCGCUCUCGUCGAACGGUCGGCCUUGCUGCGCCUGCGUGAUCGGGAGGGGAAGUGAGGCGGUUUCUUCGGCGCCUUUUCCGGCGGUGGCGGCGGCGGCAGCGGCAGUGCUGGGAGGAGGAGGUGGAGGCCAGAGGGAGCCCGCGCUCAGGGCGGCGGCUGGAGGCGGCGCUCCGAGUUCCCGCGAGGAUCAAUGACCUGACGAGGCGCCGGAGCCGCGCUGACUCUCGGGUGGCCUGGGUCGGUGGUGAACCCGGUGCUCGUGGACCGGCGGGCGGGCCGGAGGGCCUCGGUCUCCCGCGGCGGAGUGAGGAGAAGGCGGAGGAGCGGGAACCGCGGCGGCGCUCGCGCGGCGCUUGCGGGGGGAAGGGCAGUUCCGGGCCGGGCCGCGCCUCAGCAGGGCGGCGGCUCUCCCGGCGCAGACGCAGGGCCCCGGCGGCAGCGGCGACUGGAGGAUUCAAGUUGUGCGGUCGGUGAUGCCCGAGUGAGUGGCGAGCCCGGGCCUCUGCCCCGAGGAGGCAACUCCCACGCAGGCCGCACGGGCGCCCUCGCGGCUGGGAGGCUUCGUUUCGGUUUCGCGGCGGCUGCGGCGUAGUUGGCUGAGGGGACCCGGGACACCUGAAUGCCCCCGGCCCCGGCUCCUCCGACGCGAUGGGGAAGGUGCUAUCCAAGAUCUUCGGGAACAAGGAAAUGCGGAUCCUCAUGUUGGGCCUGGACGCGGCCGGCAAAACAACAAUCCUGUACAAGUUGAAGCUGGGCCAGUCGGUGACCACCAUUCCCACAGUGGGUUUCAACGUGGAGACGGUGACUUACAAAAACGUCAAGUUCAACGUAUGGGAUGUGGGCGGGCAGGACAAGAUCCGGCCGCUCUGGCGGCAUUACUACACCGGGACCCAGGGUCUGAUCUUCGUAGUGGACUGCGCCGACCGCGACCGCAUCGACGAGGCCCGCCAGGAGCUGCAUCGCAUUAUCAAUGACCGGGAGAUGAGGGACGCCAUAAUCCUCAUCUUCGCCAACAAACAGGACCUGCCUGAUGCCAUGAAACCCCACGAGAUCCAGGAGAAACUGGGCCUGACCCGGAUUCGGGACAGGAACUGGUAUGUGCAGCCCUCCUGUGCCACCUCAGGGGAUGGACUCUAUGAGGGGCUCACAUGGUUAACCUCUAACUACAAAUCUUAAUGAGCAUAUUCUCCACCUGUCCCCCCGGAAGGAGAGAAAUCAAAAACCCAUUCAUAGGAUUAUCGCCACCAUCACCUCUUUCAAUUGCCACUUUCUCUUCUUUUGAAUUUGAACUCUGGAGUUACUGUUCUACGGUUGGGGAGGGGGGGGGUUAGGGGUUUCCUUUUUUUGUUUCUCUUUCUUUGUUUUUUCUUUUUUUUCCCCUCUUUUUCUUUCUGCUUUGCGUUAGGAUGCUCUGAUCUGACAGUUGACAUGAACACAGUGCUAGAUGCUCUUAUUGACUUCCAGCAAAUCGGAUGGGGGAAAUAUAGCAGUUUUUGGUAAAGUCCUUUAUAAUAAUGGUUUGAUUUUUUUAUUUCGAGAGAAUCUUUUUUGCAAUGUAUGCUUUUUUUCCUUUUUGCCCGGUUUCCUUAUCACUUGCUGUAGAUGGCUUAUUUUGCAUUCAUGCAGACUAUGUUGCAAGUCUGUUUCAUCUAGUAAACUGAAAAUUAUUGCUUAAUCAAACUGCCGUUUGUCUUUUAUAUUUAAGGCCCUUACCCCUCCCUUAUGAGUUUUACCUUUAACUUAGUAAGUUCAAAUGUGACCUUUUAUAUCUAAGACCAGUAUAGUAAACUUAGCCUACAGUGGCAAAUAAUGAGUAAUAUCAUUGUAAUAUGUUCCAGUUGCACAUCACUAUGUUAAACAGGUAAUGUAAGAAGUUCUUUGAAAUGUCAGCUAUUAAGUUCUGAAACAUACAUCAUGCAUGAGUAGGGAUAAAACUCAAGUUCCUUAUUACAUAGCUAACUUACACUGCAUAAAAAGAUGAAAGUGUAACCCAUCAACACGGAUUUUUUUCACUGCAAAGUUAGCAACUUUGCUGUGCUUUCCCUCUUUUUUAACUUUAAAAAGUAGACUCUUUCCAGAAAAUGGAGCAAUAAUGGUGUAUGCCACACACAGAUGAGAUAUCUGUAGAUAUUUUAAGUGACUUUGGGGCAAAACUGGAAUAUAUACUUUUACCACAUUUCAAAUGUCUAAAACCAAUAAUUUAAAAAUUACUAGAAUGUUUACUUUGUUCAUUAAUAAAGCAUUUAACAAUUCAAAUUAUAUACACCUACCUAGUUGGAAAAACACACAUUCCUGUUUUCACAUUAGAGCAACUGAUUAAGCUGAAGAUGGAAGUCUUUUUUGUAGAUGAGUGAUCCACAUCUCCAUUAAUUAGAACACUGGAAAAGAUGUUUUAUAAAAAAGAUAUUUAAUUCUGUUUGAUUGUAGGAUUAACUCACAAAUAGAUAUUCUGUUGGUUCAUUAAUACACUAUCUCCUUAAAGGAAGGAAAUGUGAUGAAUGAAUGAUGUGUAGACUUGAGAAAUGACAAUUAAAGGGGAAGUAGGAUGAAGAAAAAGAACCUACAGAUGACAAUGAAUGUAAACUUAUUUUUCUUCAAGGGUAAGCAGUGUGCUCACUGGUGAUAUCCAGAUCCUAGCAAGAUUACUUGCUUAGCUUGUUGGGACUGGUAACUAGAUUAUUGAGACCACUAUGAUGAUACUUUGAACCAAAUGUUAAUGCUUGAUACAGAAUUGUGAGCAGCAUCUGGUUCUCAUAUAGCCUUAAGGAUUAAUUUUAGAGAUCCUCAAGGAAUUAAACGUAGGGAAUUUAAGAAACGUAGACUGCAAAGGCAGUAUACAGGAAAAGGUGGAGUGGGUUUUAUUCAUGAGGGUGUCUGAAAACUAAAAUGGAGCGGGAUAUCAUGGUACAUAGUUGGACAGUAUUGGUCCUUCGUGCUUUGGCCAUAUUGUGUAAUGGAGCUUUUACCAAAGAUGUAUGAGAAGCAUAAGGCUAUAAAAAGUUAACUAUUGAAAGUAAAACUCUUGACACAUUUUACUUAAAGCAGAUGAGAAAAGGUGCUAUGUUGUAGGCUCCUGAUGGUGCAGAGGGAUUUUUGAAUUCAAAAUGCAACUAAGGUAUAAAGUUCUGUUUUGCUUUAGAAGGAUCUCUAGAAAUGAAGCUGACAGACACAUCCGAGAACAUUUUAGUUGCUUUUAAAAAAUUCCCGAAGCUCCACCAUAAAUUUAAUUCUUAGUGUUUUAAAUGAUUGCAUUUUAAGGUACAUAAACAUGGGUUAUACAAAUAUCGAUGCUAUAGUAACAUCUUUAGACAAGCACAAAGGUGUAAAUGCCUAAACUGGAGGAAACUUGAAACCCUCAUCUUAAUUCCUAAAUGUAGUAUUUCUAACUUGUGACAGACAGAUUGAUAGGCAGCCAUUUUUUUGUGUUUUAAAAUAACUGGGAGCAUAGUUAAAAUUUUAUACAUCAAGUGAUUGCUAUUGAAUGUUGCAGGUGAGAUGUGGUUACUUUUAGUUUAUUUGAAAUGUCUAAUUGAAGGGGGGAGGGGGGAGCAAAUAUUUGAAAUUUGGAAAACCCUAAACUUUUUGGUAAGAAAUUGUAAUUUUCAUUUACAUUUUCUUUAAGGAUACAAAAGGUUGAUAAUUGAUGUAGUUAAAUUGAACCAUAACUAUUGGUGAUCAUGGGGCAGGUAAUUGGAGCCUGCAGAAAAAGUUAUUAUCUAGGAAUUUAAAAAAUAAGAUCCUGAAGUUUAUGUUUAAUUGCAUCAAUUUCUGUAUUUAUGUGAAUUUAUAAACUGCAGUAAGUUUUGAAUGAGGUUAAUCUUGUCUAAUAUAAGUAAAUGAGUCUGUAGACUGUGAUCUCCCCAAACUAAAAAGUACAGUACUUGGAAUUGUGUUCUUUAUGGUUGUAGUGUUGGUAAAGCACUAAUAUGCAGAAAAUAAAGGAAUUACACAGUGCA